ACCAAUGAUUCGUUCGCGAAUCGAACAUCCCAAUCCUGUGCAUGACAGCUCAGAGGAGAGGAGGACCACGACGCUCAGGAACAGUCCCCAAUCUCCCACAUUAUCUUCUGUCAGCUAGUCAGAUCCAUAUAGAUUAGACGGCAAAGCGGUGUAUUGUUUGAAAUAUUCGCUAUCAUCGGUUGGCAGCGCUCUCGCUCGGAGGAUUCAUCCCGGGAUUUUGAAUGGAAGCGGAGGCUGAAGGGGCGGCCAGCCUGUCUGAGGCCGGGGAUGGGAGUCCGUUAUCCGGGGCAACAGCAUCCGAGGACACAGAGACGAUGGACGGCGGGGACGCGGACACUAUGUCAAAAAAGGCUUUCAUCACAGAGAUGCCUUCAUCGUCAGGCCAGCCGGCUCAUGGGAAGAAGAUCGGCCACAGGGGAGUGGAUGCUUCAGGAGAAACCACAUAUAAGAAGACCACAUCUUCAGCACUCAAGGGGGCCAUUCAGCUUGGGAUUGGCUACACAGUUGGAAACUUGAGUUCUAAGCCUGAGCGGGACGUCCUAAUGCAGGAUUUCUAUGUGGUUGAGAGCAUCUUCUUCCCCAGUGAAGGGAGCAACCUGACGCCAGCCCAUCAUUUCCCAGACUUCCGCUUCAAAACCUACGCUCCCGUGGCCUUCCGUUACUUCAGAGAGCUCUUCGGGAUACGGCCGGAUGACUAUUUGUAUUCGCUCUGUAAUGAACCACUGAUUGAGCUGUCCAACCCGGGAGCUAGUGGCUCAGUCUUCUAUGUCACCAAGGACGAUGAGUUCAUCAUCAAGACAGUUAUGCACAAGGAGGCGGAGUUUUUGCAGAAGCUUCUUCCUGGAUAUUACAUGAACUUGAAUCAGAAUCCUCGAACCUUAUUGCCCAAGUUCUUCGGUCUGUACUGCGUACAGUCGGGUGGGAAGAACAUUCGAAUGGUGGUCAUGAACAACGUUUUGCCCAGGGUGGUGCGCAUGCACCUCAAAUACGACUUGAAAGGAUCCACCUAUAAGCGACGGGCCUCUAAGAAAGAGCGGGAAAAGGCGAAGCCCACAUUCAAAGACCUCGAUUUUAUGCAGGACGUACCAGACGGUCUCAUGCUUGAUACAGACACACACAGCGCUCUGGUCAAGACGUUACAGAGGGACUGUUUGGUCUUGGAAAGCUUUAAGAUUAUGGAUUACAGUUUGCUGCUGGGAGUUCACAACAUCGAUCAGGCGGAGAAAGAGCAGCAGAUGGAGGGAUCUCAGGGCAGCAGUGAUGAAAAGAGGCCGCUGGCACAGAAGGCGCUCUACUCCACUGCCAUGGAGUCCAUACAGGGAGCGUCGGCCUGUGGAGAGGAAAUUGACACUGAUGACACGAUGGGUGGCAUUCCUGCAGUAAAUGGAAAAGGAGAGCGGCUGUUACUGUACAUCGGAAUAAUCGACAUCUUGCAGUCUUACAGGUUAAUAAAGAAAUUGGAGCAUACGUGGAAGGCUCUAGUCCACGAUGGGGACACAGUGUCUGUUCACAGACCGUCUUUCUAUGCGGACAGGUUCUUCAGGUUCAUGAGCACUACUGUAUUCAGAAAGACUUCAUCGUUAAAAUCCUCUCCAUCAAAAAGGGGUCGUGGGGGUCUAGCCGCAGCCAAAUAUGGCGGGCCUGGAGCGGCCUGGUCGGCCAGCCAGCUGCCGUUCGUGAGAGACGAAAACAUCUAUGACUUGAGAGGAGCCCGUAGCUUCCCCACACUGGAUGAUGAUGGUCGGGCCGAUGUGCUUCCCUGCACCCCUCCCUCAUUCGAGGAGGCCACCACAGCCUCCAUCGCCACCACGCUCUCCUCCACCACCUCUCUGUCAAUCCCAGAACGCUCCCCCUCGGACACCUCCGAACAGCCGCGCUACAGGAGACACACCCAGUCCAGUCAUGAAGAAACAAUGCAGGAUGAGGACCAGCAGACCAUCACAGUGGAGGUGGAAGUGGAGGGAAGAUACGACAGCGAGCCCACCCUCGUGGCUCCCCAGGUAUCGCCGGAGAACAGUGAAGCUCCAGAGACAUUUCCAGAAGCCUCGUCCUCCUCCGUCCCAGCAAGCCCCAGGAUAGUCGUAGAAUCUGACAGCGCCAGUCAGGCCUCAGGCUGUACAAGUCGUGCCUCUGUGGAUGAGGAUGAUGAUGUGCCAAUUACAGACAUUUAUUUUCCUCCAGAAGACAAAAGCUGGGUGUAUUCUCCUCUGCACUUCGGCACAGGGUCUAAGACCCUUCCAGAGGACGAAGAGGAGAGUGAAACAUAAUCAGACCUCAGGAGAGAGGAGCAGCUACAAGUUUUGGACUCCUCAGACUCGUCACGUUGUCAGGAUGCUACUGUCGGAAUUUUCGCAACUCCAGCUUCAUUUUCAUCGUUCUAUCGCCCACUCCACAAACAACACCAAGCGAGUAGUAAUACCAAUGUCCAGAUGUAUUUAUAAGUAAAAAUUAAUAUAUUUGUUUAAUUAUUUUAUUUCGUUUAAUUGUUUUGUUUUUCAUUCAUUGUCUAAUUUACAUACUGUGAGCGUGUUCUACGAUUUGAGCUCUGGGACGCAAGACUCCUCCUAAGAGUGGGCUGUAUGCUAUUUUUUAAUUAUUAUUAUUAUUAUUAUUAUUCUUUUGGACUGUAGGUUAUGUGACCUUCAUUAAAAAAGAAAGAAGUUUUAUAGUUAAUUAUGAUUUAUUUAUGCUACUCUGGUUGUUAAUGCACUUUGGUUAUCAGGUAGCUUCGUUCCCUCACUGUUGAAAAAAUACAAAUUCAUUUGUUUUAUUUAAAAUUAAUCUGCAUUGCAAAUGACCCCAAAUGGCAGUUCAUAUUGUGUUCCAUUUCUGUUGCAGUCCUCUAAUACUGAUUUUAAUAUAUAUUCAUCAGCUAGCAAUAGUUCAAAGUUUGAUUUAUUUAUUUUUUAUACAUUCUCCUAUCCAUAAAAGUUUUAAUUACACCAAAUUUUUAAAUAUGCAGAUUCCCCCCAAAGUCAUCAGGGCUGUAAAGAUAUGUUAAGCCGGAAGAUGGGACCAAACUUGAUAUGUGGGAGGCCAAAUAUGUAAAACAACUUGUUACCAUAUCACAAUCAUUUCACUAGCAGAAGUUCAAAAAUUUUAAAUUAAAUAUGUAUAGAAAUUGUGUGUGUGCCUAUGCAUUGAGCGUGUUUGUGGGUUUGAGUAAGUGAGUGUAUCAUUUUACAAUGAAAGUGUGUGACUGAUUCUUAUAAUGUGCAGUGGCCAGUUGCUAUUGAUAUUGCUGUUGUAUCUAAAAUAAAAAAGGCUACUGCAGCAAUAUAUUUGUAAAGUGUAGCGCACACUUAUUUUGGUUGCCUUAAUUAUUUUUUGCCAACCUAAAUCCUAUUGUAGUUAUAAAAUAUUCACUGAUUCAGUCUUUUUUUCUGGUUCACGAAUGAUAGUGUCUUAGAGAAUUUGUAUAUAGAUCUUUAAAUACAUAUAAAAUAUAUUUUAAAUGUUAUUUGAACUUUUAUUUUGUAUUUUAUUUUACAAAAGAUGUGCUAUCCUAGGUCUACCCCCACCCACCCAAUCUUCCAGCGUCAAGGACAUGCGCCAUUUCUUGUAAGUCUAGGCUUUCUUUGUAUCGUAUGUGUAAACUUUACAGUCCGGAUUGUAAAGUCUAUACGGUCUCAGACAUACAACUGUAUCAAUCGCUUACUCUUCCAACAGUUGAGCUGUGUUUGUGUGUGUGUGUGUGUGUGUGGUCAAAAAGCUGUGUGCCCCCCUCAAUAUCAAGAGCAUGACAAAACGUGAGUCUACUUACAUCGAUGUACAGCAUAGACAUUUAUCCUACAAAAAGACCACAACCAAUGGACCGAUGUGUGUACAUUGUUCAGACCCUUAAAAUAAAUACAACUCUUGAUUCACA